GCCCCGAAUUAUGAGUCACACGUCCAUCCUUUCUCAUUAAGGAAUGUACCCCUACCUAUUAUUGUCUGAAAUGCACAUAUGCCUGGCUCUGGAAGACCAGACAAUUAUUCAGUCUGUCCUCAGCCUUAUACUGUUUCUCACGUCUCAACCGUUUCUCUCGCAGUCUUUAUAAUUUUUCAGUGUUUAUUAUUUUAAAAACAAUUUUUUAAAAACAUGGCUGGUUCAAUUGAAGACAACGCGGCAUUAUACAAGAAGAAGACCUACACUUUUGUGCCGCCAGCACCUCCGGCUGAUCUCAUCGAGUCUACUAGCUACACACUUGACUUGACGGCCCGUAAGUUUAUUCAUAUCGGUAUUGAUCCAUCUCCGAGUUUCAAAAUUGUAGUGCAUAUACUAACUUCUUCGAGAUACGUUCAUAUUACUCCGGAAUUUUUAAUAAAAAUAUUCUCGUAUAUGGGUCAUAUCCUGUCUUUUAUACUGGAUACGCCACAGAAAUAUAAACGAGUAUUAUUUUAUGAAGAUGAAAUAUUAAAACUAUCGAGUAUGGUAUACAGCGGAGAAAAUGUGUUAGUGAUAGAAGCAAAGGACCGAGAAGGAUGUAGAAUAUUAUUGAAUCGGGUGGACCUUAUCCGACUUCAAUACCUCGAGUGUUCCAUCGUCGAGACCUUAGUGAGGAAAGAAGUAUUCACUGUACCUUUAGUUAUAAAUCAGUAUAAUGAGAUUAUAGCGUACCUAGAUAAAAAAUGUGCUCAACAUAAAUUAUCAUCGGAAAAUUUGGAUCAGAUGGUAAUUUUCAUUAAAAAUAUACAAGACGAUCAAGUCGUUAAGUCCGUUCCAAACUUCUCCAAUCAAAUACAGAUGUGUGCAACUGUACAGUUGGCUGAAUCAUUAUUACACCAGAACAACUCGCAUGAGUAUUCCAAUGAAACGACGCUCAUUUCACCAAUGUCGUCACCAACACCAAUGUCACCACCUACACCGAUGCCAACACCACCACCGAUCUCACCACCACCGAGUUUCACCAGGCAAUCGCCGAGCAGAGCAGUCGAUGAAAACGACGGGCCGUUUUGGUACAACAUGUCAUCAUUAUCGGAAAUGUAUUUUGCACCAAAACGUAAACUAUUUUAA